GUCCAGGAGAAAUUCGAGACUUUGGGAAUACCUAUGAAAGAUGCUGAACAGUUGUUCAGGUUAAUGGAUCCCUCAGGACUGGGAGAAAUAAAACUCACUGAGUUCCUAGCAUCGUGCAUGCAGCUCGUUAGUAAGACUACGGCACACUCCUUUUCUCAACAGCCUCUGGACUCGGGCGAUUUCAAUAAUGUUGUGGAGAGGUUUCCUGUAUACUUGUGA